AAUGGGGCGUGUUGCCAUGUUUGCGCCAGACAAACACUCCUGAAUUGUGCGCUGCGGUGUGCAGAGUGGAUGCAGGAUGCGGGGAUGUUUGUGUCUGCUCUAUGAAGAGGAGGGGAGUGCGCUCUGAUUGACGUCAGCUGGUUUCGUGCAGACGGACAAUGAGCAGCUGUGUGUACAAAUUCACAGAAUAAACCCGGGCCUGAAAUCCCGGCAUCGCUGCUGCUGCUGCUGCUGCUGCUGCUAUUUAUGCAUCGAUAGAAGAGAUGCGGCGCUGCUGUUUCUGCAUGCUGCCUUUUUCGCUCAGGUCUUCUUAAAAAAUGGAGGGCAAACAUUUCGGUUCCUCUGGAGAAUACCUGGACCGCUUCAUCCAGAACCGAGACUCAUCGGUGGUGAAUAAGUUCCAGAAGAAGUUCUGGAAAACCAAGCAGACGCUGAUCAAAGUCACCGGGAAGAAAGAGGAUGAACACGUGGUGGCGUCAGACGCGGACCUGGACGCCAAGCUGGAGGUCUUCCACUCCAUCCAGAGAACAUGCAUGGAGCUGCUAAAGGUCAUUGAGCAGUACCAGAGGAGGAUCUGUUUCCUCUCUCAGGAGGAAAACGAGCUGGGUCGUUUCCUUCGCUUCCAGGGGUCGCAGGAUAAAAGCCGGGCUGGGAAGAUCAUGCAGGCGACAGGGAAAGCUCUCUGCUUCUCCUCCCAGCAGAGGCUGGCUCUGAGGAAACCUCUGUGCCGUCUGUACCAGGAGAUCGAGACUUUCCGUUACCGGGCCAUCUCUGACACGUGGCUGACGGUGAAUCGGAUGGAGCAGUCUCGGACCGAGUACCGCGGAGCUUUGCUUUGGAUGAAGGACGUCUCUCAGGAGCUCGAUCCAGACACGCACAAACAGAUGGAGAAAUUUCGCAAGGUUCAGGCUCAGGUUCGGACGACUAAAAGCAGCUUCGACAAGUUAAAGAACGACGUCUGCCAGAAGGUUGACCUGCUGGGGGCGAGCCGCUGCAACCUCCUCUCACAUAUUCUGACCACAUACCAGACGACUCUUUUGCACUUCUGGGGGAAAACGUCUCACACCAUGGCGGCCAUACACGAGAGCUUUAAGGGCUGCCAGCAUAAGGAGGUUUCCACAGUGAAGGAUUCCAUGGACAAAACGAUGGAGAAGGAAACUUUGGAAAGGGAAACAGAGGAGAGAAGAAAUGAGACAAUUAAUGACCAACUAAUCUCAUUAGGACAUGAAGAAAAAAGUGAAAAUUUGAGAGAAGAGUUGGAUGGUGAGGAGGACAGUCUGGCUCUGCUCAAUGAAAUCCUGGGCGGUUUGUUUGUGGACGAUUUUUCCCAGGAAUGGACCAAAGGGUCUGGAGACACGGAGGCGAGCGCCGGGCCGCCCGACACCCAGCAGCAGGAACACUCGUUCUUUUUGCCGUCACAGCUUUUGGACCAAAGCUUGAACAAGUCUUCUGCCUCAGACUGGACCGGGAUCGUCCCACAGCCAGACUUAUCACCUGGAUCUGGACAGAACCCCGUAAAGCCAGCGGUGAAAGAAACAAGCGGACCAUCCAAAGAUCUGUCAGCGUGGUUCAACCUGUUCGCGGACCUGGACCCUCUCUCCAACCCAGAUGCAAUCGGAGCAGCCAGCAGAGAAAACGAGCUUCACACUGCAUAGUUCUUCCUGAGCAACGUGACACAUUUAAAAACUACAUCCAUUUGUUUUGGUUUCAGCUGCAAACUGUUUCCAGUAUGAUGAUAAUCACUGGUCAGAGGCUGGAAGACUGGAUUUUUAAACUUCUUCCCAACGCCAAAAGAAACUAAUACACAACAAUCAAGUCAGAACAAGUUACCAUAUAUAAAAUCAAUCACAAAUAUUAUAACAAAACGUAAUGUACCAAAUUUGUUGCCGUAAUAGCUGCGGCAACCAAUUUGCCGCUAUAUAAUUGUGUAAUUUAACAUUUUGAAAAUAAAUUCUCUUAAUGGACACAUGCCAAUUUAGAAAAAAAUAGUUUUUUGAUAAAAAGUUUUGAAAUUGGUUUAUUGUUCAAAACUAAAUUUGAAAUAUUGUUUUUUGCAUUAUACACAAGUCAAAUAAUCAACAAUCGGAUGUUACUACUGGUAGAAACCACAAAGAAGAAGAAAGGAAGUAAUAUGAGGAAGAUGGCAGAGCAUUUACUUAAAUGACUUAUUGUGUGAACAAACUUAUUCACAUGUGAUUUAAUUGCAUUUCUUAUUUAAUAGAAAUUGCAAAAUUGUGUUUUUAUAUUAGCAAAAUAUAAAAGUUUUGCACACAUUUGUAAUGGAAACACAGGGAUUGUCUUGAGGAAUAUUCCCCAUAAAAAUUAACCCUCCAUUGCUGUUGUUAUAACUUAACUAUAGAUGAAAUUCUGCAAUUAUUCUUCAAUUAAACAGUCAAUGUUUCAGUAAUCUAAUUAAAAUUUUGAAAUUAUAUAGUGCAACUUUUAAACAUUAAUUUGUGUUUUAAUUUGUAUAACUUUCAACUAAUCAAAGUGUUGAUUUGAUUAGGGAAUAUUGUCAUCUAAAGGUGGAAAAAUGUAAAAAAUAAAAAUUAUUUUAAAAAAGACUCACCUACUGAAAAUUUUAGCAAAAAGAAGUGAGAAAAUCCAGCUUUCAUCCAAACUCUGCUGUAUUUUACAGCUGUAAAAGUUAGAAACUGGUCACAAAAAGUUGGUAUUUUGAUUCUUUAUAACCAUUAUUACAAAAGUUUAACUUUAGCAAUUGUUUGGAGAUUUUAAUCUAGAUUUAAACCUGAUGAAAUAUUUAGAAAGUGUUUAAUUUUUAAAAUAUUCAGAUAAUUUAAGUUUCACAAGGGAUUUUAUUAAUCAAAACAGCGACUCGUGUUGCUAUCAGAUGCAAAAUGCACAUCUGUUAUUUUUCAGCUUAAAUUUUUGUUUUGUAAACUUGAAUUUAAGAACCUCUUAAGAGUCGUAGAAAGCAGACGUUUCUUCCACUCACAGUUCAAGCUUUCAAUCAACACAACUUAAUGGUUUUGCACUGUGAGUUUUUAUAAGACAUCCAGUUGGUGUUUAAACUGUUUGCUUUAUUUGAAGAGAUUCCCUCAGUAGUUACAUAAACUCAUUCCUGCAUGCUGUCGCUAGUUAUACUGUUGGUCAUCACUGCUUUAUUUCUUUUUCCAAAGUCUUUAGACAUGUAUGUAUUUUCCAGGGCUGCUCCUUUUGGGCAAUAUUCAGCUUUAAUUUUAUUUUUUGAGCCAAUAAAACAGAAUAAGACACUAUUUACUAACGUUGAUGAAAAUGCUGCAUCAACAAGAUAUAUAUGAGGAGGAAUAACUUAAGACUGCCGUGUCAAACUCAUUCUCAUUGUGGGCCAUAUCAAAACAGUGAAUGAUUUCAAGAGCCGGUUGUGGCAGAAUAAAACUGUUAAAAUAUUCACACUGAUCAGUCCCUUCAGGAUUUUGAUAUUGUUUUUGUGAGUUUUUUUUGUAAUCACAGAUUUUGUGAUGUUAAUUUAGAAAUAUUUUCAUGGAUUUUGUGAUAUUUGAGCUUCUGUAUGAUGGUAAAUGUGACUUGAAGCUGAGGCAGCAGUGUAGUGGAAGUGAAAAAUACUGCCACCUGCAGGUGGGAGUUGCAAUUACAAAUGUUGGCAAAUCUUUGUAAUCGGCCAAAGUUGAGAUCCACAAUUUUAUAAUUUUCAUUAUAUAAGAAAUGCAAUUGAAAUCACACAGAAAUAAGUUUGUUUACGCGAUAAGGCGUUAAGAAACAUGCACCGCCACGGUUCUCCAACUACUUCCUGUCGUCUUCUCCUUCAUGGUUUCCACCAGUGGUAACAUCCUGUUUUUGAUCAUGUGACUUGUGAUGUGAAAAAUUGUUUCCAUUGCAGUUUUGCAAAAAAACCACCUCAUCCUAAAGCUCAA